GUUCAUCCUCCAAGAAACAACAAAAACCUACGGCGAUCGAUCCAUCCCAUUCUCCAGAGAGCCAAUUUGACUUGAUCUCAGCCAGGAUGUCGCAGCAGCCAGCGCCGGUGAAGCUCAUCACGGCGUUCGGCAGCCCGUUCGCGCACCGGGUGGAGGUGGCGCUCACGCUCAAGGGGGUGCCAUACGAGCUGCUCGUGGAGGACCUGGCCAACAAGAGCGAGCUGCUGCUCGCCCACAACCCGGUUCACCAGUCGGUCCCCGUCCUCCUCCACGGCGACCGCGCCGUCUGCGAGUCCCUCGUCAUCGUCGAGUACGUGGACGAGGCAUUCCACGACGUCGACGGGUCACUAGUAGAAAACAGGGCUUUGGUCCAGGCCGGGUCAGCCCAUUAGUCCCGGUUCAGUCUAGAACCGGGACCAAUGUGGGCAUUGGUCCCGGUUCGUGA